AUGGCUCUUGUAUUUGAGAGUUGUUCAGAGCUCGGACCAGAUGAGAUUGGUAGUUCUUCUGGAGUCAGAUGUAGAACCCAUUCGCCAGAAAUAGAGUAUAGUGAAGAAGAUGAGGAGAAUCCAGAAGAGGAUCAUGAGGAGGAUCCUAAGGAGGACCCAGAAGAGGACCCUGAGGAGGAUCCGAAGGAGGAAAAUCCAGAAGAAGAGUUAGAAGAAGAGGAGUUUGAAGAAGAGGAACUGUUAGAUGAAUCAGACAUUGAGGAGUACAGAAGCGAGCAUUUCUGGUCUAGGGUGCGGAGAUACCACGAUUUGAUAGAAGACGCAAAAAUAGCAAACGGAUCGAGAUGGACCGUGAGUGGGAGGGCGAUCCCGUUCGACAUUUCUAUUUUAGACGUGAGUUUCAUCCUGAUUACGUUAGCACAUCCUCUAGAAUCAGGACCAACCCCCACUUUGUGCACAGAGGCGGAGGAAACUCCGGUAGAAGAGUUAGGGGCCGACAUACAGGCAUAG